CAAGGGCGCUUGUUUGGAGCAAGGGCGAGUCCACGUCUCCUAGCUCGAUGUCGCGCAUCACCGUCCGUGAGCAAGCCGAUGGCAAGCUGGUCGGGUGGCAACCGUCGACGGAUCCGGCCCACCGUGGCGUGCGCGGUGUUCCGCCGCCGCUGGCGGGCACGGUCGAAGGCUCAUGUGUCACCUUCCCCAGCGUGUCUGCGCCUGAGUUCCUUUACCGGUGCUUGACGGUGCCUCAUAAGCUGUCUGCGGACUCAUCCGAGGGUCUCGCGACUCGAAGUAUCGGCCUCGGCAAGGCCUUCGUCUCUUUCGCUUCUCUCUCGACCAACUUCUUGACGUACGCCGUCUCUGGGAUCUUCUACGACCGCUCCCUGCUGCGGACAGCGCUCAACGUCACGCUCGACGUCGCAGGAGUGCGGAGCUGCUCCAGCCUGGCCAACUUUGCGCUGCAAACCGCAGGCCGGCUCGGCUUCACGCACGCGGAGGUGGCGGUCAAGGACUCGACUGUCGUACCGGCCGCAGUGUCCAGCAUGCCUGCCGUCGUCUCCGACCUCUUCAACUCUCACUGCCUCGUCCACGUGGGCGUCGUAUCUGGCGGCCGAGUCUGGAACACGUUCAACCCUGCCAUGACCGAGUACGUCGCCAACCGCGGCGUCGACAAGGAGAACGACCUGGAGCACGCCUCGAUCGCCCACGUGCUGGCACGCAUGCUAUGGCGGCUGGUGGAUAGCGACGAAGAGCGCACGCCUAUGCUACGGGCCAUGGCUCGAGUGCUGCAUGCGCCGCUGUCGCCGGUCGACUCGACAAGCGAGGUGGCCCAAGCUGAGGCCGACGAGGUGCUGAUGCUCUCGAUGAAGCGUUCCAGCAGCUACGUGCAUGGCCUCUCCUCUCUGGGCGUCCCGAUGGAAGAGGCGCCGGACGAGUCGGUGGUCGUUCCGCACCGGUACGUCGUCCGCCUCGUCCGCGUCAAGGAUGCCGCGAGCGGCUGCGACGCUCUCAUCUACGUGGGCGUCGACGUCCCCGCCGGGGCGGACGGACGGGGCAUCUUCCAGUUCGAGAGCGGCGGCUGCCUCGGCCGGCGCAAGCGGGCGCUCGCGGACUCCGCUACCUACUCGCACGGCAGCGAGUCGCCCUCGGUCUCUGAGACCGGGGCGGCCGAGGCCCUCGACGAGCCGCCGCAGGCGCAGCCGGAGAUGGUGCGCCGGAGCUCGAGCAGCACGAGCAGCGCACGCAGCGCCGUCGUGCGGGAGGGAGCCAUCCGCCACCAGCGCAAGCGGUGUCGAGCCGCGUCGCCGCCCGCGCUCUCGUCGGUGUCUGAGGAGGAGCUGCUCACCGUGCUCGAUAGUGAGGAGGCAGCCGACAGGAGCCUCGUCUCGCAGAUGCUCGCCAUGAUUGGCUGAUUCAGAUCGCCAUCAAUUGUUUGUUUACCCGGACGACUGUUUUUGUUGACUGCUGUGUUAUGUUAGAACAACAAGCUAAAGCGC